UGCCUCUCAACAGGAUGGCUCUCCGGCUAUUUCUCGUCUGCUGCUGCCUGGCAUCAAGGGCUCUCAUCGGGACUGCAGAACCCCACGUUUUUGCCACUUCUGGUGAAGAAUCUCUUACUGAUCUCACAGACAGCAAAAUUUCAGCAGAAAAUGUUGUAGCUGAUGCAAAGGAAGAAACGUUUCUCAAAGAUAAUUUUCAGAAGGAAGAAAAUACCAUCCCUAGAUUCUCUGAGAAUACUGGGAAAUUUGUACAAGAGACAAGUUCCCCUACUCCUGACCAAGGUUCUAAAAUGGAAGCAGAAAUGAAUAACUACAGAACUGUCCAACAAAAAGAUGGUCCAAAGGAAGACACUGGAAUGCGUUGUACCUGCAAUUCAUUUUUAGAGACCAUGCCUGCUGCAUUGAAGGUCAGCAGACCAGCAGGAGAAGCACGGGUGUCAUAUAAUGAAGCAGCAAAAACCGAAGAUGUAAAGAAUGAAUAUAAGGAGUCCACUAAACAAGCUGAUGACUUGGUUGUAAAUGUGGGAACUGUUCAACUGGAUGAGCCAAAUUAUACCAUAAAUCAAGCUGAUAUUCAUGGAGUGGAGUCUGAGAAUACACUGUGGAAAAUGCAAGAUGAAAAUGUUUUGUAUAGCUUUCCUGUUGAAGGAAAAUCAGUAGACAUUAGACAUGAAGCCGGCACUGAUAGUGAAAAGGACUCCAAAAGUAAUAUACAACAUAUUGCACAUGAUGAAAAAAUACAGCUCUACGAAGAAUCUUAUUCAGAGAAAAAGCUGAAGUUAGAGGAGCCAGAAGAGUCUGGCAAUGAGCAUAGAAAAAGAAAAUCAAAUGAUGUGGUGUCUAACACAGGUGGUGCAUUAGAAAAUGGACAGAUAAAUCUGAGUACUAAAAAUGAAGCAGAGACUUCUGCUGCUAAUGAAAACAGAGAAGAAAUUCAAGCAGCAAAAACAGAAAUUGAAGAAAACCAAAGUGAUCACAACUCUUCCCCUGAAAAGGUAAUCAGCAAUGCAGGGGAUACAACUGAACAGCACAAUCAACAGUUAAGUAAGGAAAACAUAACAAAAGAAUUUAAAAGGGAUUCUCAUUAUGUGCUGUCUUCAGAACAGAACCAGCAGGAAUCACAGAAUGAUUUAUAUAAUUUGAGUGAAAAUACAAACAUGGGCCAGAAUUUAAGGGGGCAGAACAACAAGUUAUUCAAGCUCUCUGAUGAAGAAACUAGAGAAAAAAAAGAAAUGGAAUUAUUUACAGCAAACACACAUGAUGAGAAUCUAAACAUGGCAAAAACAGUGCAUUUAUCUGAACAAAAUGCCCCAAUACUUGAAGAAUUAGAGACGGUCCAAGAGGCUAAACAGGAUAAAAAAGAUGAAGUUGAAAAUUAUGAAAAUGUUGAACAAGUUUCAAUGGAAAAAAGUAAAUCUCCCUUUCAAAGUGCAAAAGAAGUUAUCACAGGUUUGCAGAAGGGUACCCGUGUUGUUGCAACAGAUAGUUUCUUGACUGAAGAUACAAUGCCUGCAGAACACGAUUCACAGUUGGAUGAACUAAGUUCUGUUAUAGAUCAUUCUGAUGGUACUGAAGGUAGAAAUGAUUUGGGUUUGGGUGAGUCAGUUUCAGAUAUGGAUCUAUAUGCCAGUGCUGAUCAUAAAGAGGAACUGGGACCAAGUGAUUCUGAUGUAGCUACUAAUUCUCCCGGCAGUACUGAAGAACAACAAGAUGCAGAAGAUACAAAGUUAGGUGGAGCAGGCUCAGAUGCAGCUACUGAUUCUCUUGACAGUAUUGAAGAACAACAAGAUGCAGAAGAUACAAAGUUAGGUGGAGCAGGCUCAGGGGCAGCUACUGAUUCUCCUGACAGUAUUGAAGAACAACAAGAUGCAGAAGAUACAAAGUUAGGUGGAGCAGGCACUGCUGUUGAUGCUUCUGCCAGUGCUGAGGCAGACCUUGUGCUGGAUACAUCAGAAUUUGUUGUCAAGUCUCAAAUUAAGUCAAUAAAGGAGGAAGAAAACUUGAAAUUGCAUGAGUCAGUUUUUGCUGAAGAUGCUCCUUUGGAUACUGAAGAAGAACAACAUCUUAUACUGGAUCAAUCAGACACAACUGUGGAUCCUCCUACUAAUAAUGCAGAGCAACAAGACCAAUCACAUUCAUCUUCUUUGAGUAGUGAAGAAAUACAAGAUGCAGAGGUAGAAGAACAAGAAGAUGUCCAGGAUCUUCCAUUAAGGGACCGCUCUCACAUCGAAAACACGCUUAAACUGGGACAAGAAACUCCAGCAGAUGACUACUCAGCCAUUCUGCAACGUCUGCGAAAGAUCUAUCACAUGCAAGUGAAGCCACUGGAACAAUCAUAUAAAUACAAUGAACUGAGGCAGCAUGAAAUCACAGCCUACACUGGACGCACAUUUUCCUCCUCAGCUUCAGAUGGAGAAAUCUCCUCAAAGCCCAUGGUGCUGUUCCUGGGACCAUGGAGUGUUGGCAAGUCCACUAUGAUCAACUAUCUUCUGGGACUGGAAGACUCAACCCACCAGCUCUAUACAGGGGCAGAACCAACCACAUCAGAAUUCACAGUCAUCAUGCAUGGCGAGAAGGUGCGUACCAUUGAGGGCAUUGUCAUGGCAGCUGACAGUUCUCGCUCUUUUUCACCUCUUGAGAAGUUUGGACAGAACUUUUUGGAGAAACUGAUUGGCAUUGAAGUCCCUCACAAACUUCUAGAGCGAGUGACCUUUGUUGACACACCUGGCAUCAUUGAGAACCGCAAGCAGCAAGAAAGAGGCUACCCCUUCAAUGAUGUCUGCCAGUGGUUCAUUGACAGAGCUGACCUUAUCUUUGUCGUGUUUGACCCUACCAAACUGGAUGUGGGCUUGGAGCUUGAAAUGCUUUUCCGUCAGCUUAAGGGACGUGAGUCUCAAAUCAGAAUCAUCCUCAACAAAGCUGACAGCCUGGCUACUCAAGACUUGAUGAGGGUCUAUGGAGCUCUUUUCUGGAGCUUGGCACCCCUAAUCAAUGUCACUGAACCUCCUAGAGUCUACGUCAGCUCCUUUUGGCCCUUGGAAUACCAGCCUGACACCCAUAAGGACUUGUUUCUCAAAGAAGAGAUCUCCCUCUUGGAAGACCUUAACCAAGUUAUAGAAAAUCGACUAGAGAACAAGAUUGCUUUUAUCCGUCAGCAUGCCAUUAGAGUCCGUAUCCACGCUCUUCUUGUUGACCGGUAUGUGCAGACCUUCAAAGAAAAAAUGACUUUCUUUAGUGAUCCAGAAUUAGUCUUCAAGGAGAUUUUGGAUGAGCCUGACAAGUUCUUCAUUUUCAAAUCUAUCCUAGCAAAGACAAAUGUUAGCAAGUUUGACCUUCCCAAUCCUGAUGCCUACAGGGAUUUCUUUGGCAUCAAUCCAAUUGGAAAUUUCAAGCUCCUUUCUCAGCAAUGUUCCUACAUGGGAGGCUGCUUAUUAGAAAAGAUCGAACGAGCCAUUACAAAUGAACUUCCUGAUUUGCUUGGUGGCAUUGGUUUAAAAAAGAAACCCAUCUUUCCCUCUUGUGAAACUACUGGUUGUGGGGAAGCACCAAAGAACCGCUACAGAAAACCCUAAUUAG